UGCCAGUCCCAAAGAUGGCUGCGUACAUGAGGAUUCCCAAAACAUGCCAAGCUCUUUUAAACGCGAAAUAUUUCAGCUCAGUGAUAGGCUUAAGGGCGCGCUUAGCCUUUACUUCUACGGCGAGACAUGCCGAAUUCACGUCAAAAAGAGUACGAAGUAUGUUUACUGAAUUCUUCAGAGAUCGGCACCGACACAAGCUUGUGCAGUCCUCUCCAGUGCGCCCGCGAGGGGACCCAAGCCUCUUGUUCGUCAAUGCAGGCAUGAACCAGUUCAAGCCCAUCUUCCUGGGCGCGGUGGACCCUCGCAGCGAGAUGGCGCAUUACCGGCGGGUGGUGAACAGUCAGAAAUGCGUCCGCGCCGGCGGCAAGCACAACGACCUGGACGACGUGGGCCGGGAUGUCUACCAUCACACCUUCUUCGAGAUGCUGGGAAACUGGUCCUUCGGAGACUACUUCAAGGAAGAGGCCUGCUCCAUGGCCUGGGAGCUGCUGACGGAGGUGUACGGGAUCCCGCCGGAUCGGCUGUACGUGUCGUACUUCGGCGGGGACGCCGCUCUGGGGCUGGCGGCUGACGAGGAAACGCGGGAAAUCUGGCUGAGCCUGGGGGUCCCACCAAGUCGCGUCCUGCCGUUUGGGAUGAGGGAGAAUUUUUGGGAGAUGGGGGAGACGGGGCCCUGCGGUCCGUGCACGGAGAUCCACUACGAUCAUGUAGGGGGGCGGAACGCGGCCAGCCUGGUGAACCAGGACAGCCCGGAGGUGGUUGAGAUCUGGAACCUGGUCUUCAUGCAGUACACCAGGGAGGUGGACGGCAGCCUGCGGCCCCUCCCCCAGCUCAGUGUGGAUACCGGGAUGGGCCUGGAGCGGCUGGUCACCGUCCUGCAGGGCCAGCGCUCCAACUACGACACCGACCUGUUCACCCCUCUGCUGUCUGCCAUUCACCAGAACUCCAGGUGUCCGGAGUACCGUGGCCGAACCGGACAGGCCGAUGACGGAAAUGUGGACAUGGCGUACCGCGUCCUCGCUGACCACAUCCGCACCCUGUCCGUCUGCAUCGCCGACGGAGUCUACCCCGGCAUGUCCGGCGCCGAGCUGGUGUUGAGGCGCAUUCUACGGCGGGCGGUGCGUUACUCCACAGAGGUGCUGCUGGCCCCCCCGGGGACGCUGGCCAGCCUGGUCCCCACUGUGGCCCAAAUACUGGGUGAAGCCUAUCCUGAACUGUACAGAGAAACUGUGAGGAUCAUGGACAUCAUCAACGACAACGAAGCCCAGUUUCUCUCCUCCUUAAAGCAGGGGAGGGGUGUGAUUGACAGAACCCUCCAGAAGAUGGGCGGGGCCCAGCUGUUUCCAGGGUCUGUUGCCUGGUCACUGCAUCGCAACCUUGGCUUUCCCAUGGACCUGAUUGGCUUAAUGCUGGAGGAGAGGGGCGUGACCAUGGAUACAGAGGCUGUGGAUAGGCUAGCGGCAGAAGAAGAAAAGUUGAAGACUCAUACCGAGGGUCCUAACAGAGAGAGCUGUACUGAGCUGGAUCUGCACAGUCUCUCAGCACUGCAGGGGGCGGGGAUUCCCCACACUGACGAUUCUCCAAAAUACCGCUAUUCCCUGGACCAGGAUGGCCGAUAUGUGUUCCCGUCCUGCUGGUCCACGGUGCGAGCCCUGUACAGCUCACAGUCUCUGGUGUCGGAGGUGCGGGAGGGGCAGAGGUGUGGGGUGGUCCUGGAUCAGACCUGCUUCUACGCCGAGCAGGGAGGCCAGACCCACGACCAGGGCUACUUCAUCCGGGACGGGCUGCAGGACGUCCUGUUCCCGGUGGAGGCGGUGCAGCAGGUGGGCGGGUACGUGGUCCACCAGGUAACCGCCGGCGACGCCCUGCGGACUGGUGACAGGGUCCAGCUGUUUGUAGACACGGCACACAGACUGGCCUGUAUGGUGAAGCACACGGCGACACACGUCCUCAACUUCUCGCUCCGGCAGCUGCUGGGGGAGGGGGUGGAGCAGAGGGGGUCUCAUGUCACGCCCGACCGGCUGCGUUUCGACUUCAGCGUGAGGGGCUCUCUGAACGUCCAGCAGCUCCAGGAAGUCGAGCAGAAGGUGCAGGAAGUCAUCGCGCAGAACGAGGAUGUGUACGUCCAGGAGCUGCCGCUGGCCCUGGCCAAACACAUACCCGGCCUGAGAACAGUGGAUGAGGUGUACCCGGAUCCAGUCAGGGUGGUGUCUGUGGGAAUCCCUGUUCCUGACCUGACCAACUCUUCCACUGACCGGCCGACAUCUGUGGAGCUUUGCUGUGGAACACACUUGCUGAGGACGGGGGAGAUCCAUGACUUUGUCAUUGUGGCAGAGAGACAGCUGGUGAAGGGAGUGAGCCGGGUCGUGGCUGUCACUGGAGAGGAAGCUCGAAAGGCCCGUGAGGCGGGGCACACCCUGGUCCAGGAGGUGGAGUCUUUGUCGGCACGGCUACCGUCUGCAGGCUCCGCCCUCUGCACUGCACACAGGCUAUCCAAAGAAGUGGGCCAGCUGACUGAUGCGGUGGAAAACGUGCUCAUGCCACAGUGGCAGAGGAAAGAGCUCCAUCAUCGUCUGAAAGCGAUGCAGAGAUCCACCAACACUGCCAUCAGGAAGCUGGAGACCAGCGAGGCCGCAGGGAAAGCCCACGUCCUGCUGGAGAAACACGGCAGUAAGGCUGUGGUCGUGGACACUGUGGAGGCAGAUUCAAUAUCAGUGGUGAUGAAGGUGGUGAAUCAGUACAGUGAUCGGGCCCCGGGGACCAAGGUCAUGCUCCUGUCCCACCUGCAGUCCGGGAGGGUCCUGUGUGCCUGUCAGGUGCCCAAGGGCUGCAGUGCUCUCUCUGCCAGUGAUUGGGCCCUGGCCGUCUGUAGCCACCUGGGGGGCAACGCAGGAGGGUCCUCUACUGUUGCCAAGGGAACAGGAAACACGCAGGACAUCACAGAGGCCCUCCGGUGGGCCGAGGAGUUUGCCUGCGCCAAGUCCCAACACUGACCCAGUACCAACCCAACACUGACCCACACACGGACCCAAUACCAACUCAACACUUACCCAAUACCAACCCAAAACAGACCCAAUGCACUGGUCCAGUGCCAAUCCAGCUCUGACCGAACAGAAUGACCUAACAUUGACCCACCGCA